CUGCUGUCUGACAGGGCGCAGGGAGGAGGGGACAGAGCAGAGUGACCUUUGACCCCAGCAUGAGGGCCACACUGUCACUGCUGGGCGUCGCCCUCUGGGCGGCGGGGAGCACAGCCACACCCACGCGGGGGCAGCAGGGCCAGGCGCCGCUGGCGUCUGUGGACGACGUGAACGUGCUGACAUACGGCGUGCUGCAGCUCAGCGACACCGUGCACCAUGUCUACCAGAGCACAGCGCGUCGGAUGGAGCGCGUUAACGCUGCCCUGGGGGGCCAGGAGAGCACGCUCAACAGCCUGCGAGACACAGCUGAGCAGGCCGCUCACACAGAGCAGCAGAUCCGGCACUCUCUCACACAGAUGCAGCUGCAGACUGCAGGGCUGUAUGCGCAGGCUGCGCAGAUGAGAAUGAUGCUGCAGAGGGCAGAACAGGAAGAGGCAGAGCUGCAGAGACAGGUCAACCAUCUGGAGACGACGCUCAGAGAGUCCACCUCCAGCAACAUUAGGACACUAAAGGAGCUGGCACUGGAGCACUCUAAGGCUCUGAAGGUUGUGCUGAAAUGGAUCCAGGAGCAGCAGCAGGCUGUUGAGGAUCAGGGCCAGCAGCUGAGCCAGCUGCAGAGGCAGGUUCCCUUGCGUUCUGGGCAGAAAGAAAAGCAAAUACGCACGCAUCACAUACAAUCCUAAAUUCCUCUUUCCCAGUAACACCGCCAUCUACCAGACAGGACAUUAAGUGAGUGUGAGGGUGUGAAUGCAUAUGAGAUACUACUAUUCAUUUAAACAUGAUUGGGCAAUAAAAAAUUCUGUGUAUUUGUGUGUAUGCAUGCAUGUAUGUGUGUGAGUAUCUGUUGCUAUGCAGCUUCACCGGGACGUGGAGGAUGAGGACCGAGCAGAGUUAGGGUUAGGGGUCGGGUGUUGGGGGUGAGGGUACCAGAG